UCCAGAUUUCGGUUCAGCAAUUUUGUCAUGAUGCGGUGCUUGAAAAUUUAGAUAAAGGAAUAACACAUCGGAAUUCGUUUUAAGAAGUCUGAAAAUUAAUUUUUGAACGAUGCAAUAACAUUUCGUUUAUCAUGCCUCCAAGAAAGAAAUCCAUUUUCAGACGACUCAAAUCUGUUAUAAAAAAAGAAAAAGAAAUUAUUGAUGAUGUUAAUGGUGAUUUAGAAAAUAAACAUUUGGAGUUUGAAGAUGAUAUCCAAACUAAUGAAUUUAAAAAAGCUGAGGAAUCAGAAAUUAAAGAAAUACAGAAUAAAAAAUUGUUGUCUUUGUUUGAAGAUAUGAAUAGCCUUUUCUUGAGAAAGAGAAACAUUAAUUGGGAAAAAAAGUGCUGGAAUAAUUAUAUUUAUCAGAACUAUGACAUCAACCCAUUAAUAUUGCCUGAAGUGAAUGCAUAUUUGACUGAGUGGGAUGAAGAUGAAAUGUAUGAUAUAAUUCAAGUUUUUAGGAAAUGUCGUCAGUGUAGUCAGAUGUGUGAAGAUAUAAAAUGUGCACUUCUAGAAUGUCCAGAACCAGAAUAUAAAGUUUUAAAAUCUUGCUUAGAGAGCAUAAGAAAUCUGCAGUGUAUGAUGAGAAAGAAAAUAGAAAUAGCUACAUUCUUAAUUCUUAGGGCUGCAAAUCAGUAUGUAAAUGAUGAGACUUUCAAUAUAGAAUAUGGAAUAGUGGACUGUUUUGAGGACGAUAAGACUUCACCUCCCAUUUCUCUCUGCCUUUGGGGUAAUCUUUCAAAAAAUGUUCGCCAUAAAGGUAUAGAUUCAUCUUCCAUGGAAUUCAAUUUUGAAUUGCCUCCAGAGUUGAUCAAGGUAAAAUGUGCUGUGCGGAUUAUGCAUACUUUGUUUGAUAACGUCACGCCUACGUUUUGUGAAUCUUCUAUGCCUUACCAAUGGAACUUAGGAAAUUCUGAAAUUCGAAAACCUUGCAGUGAAACUCUUUUAGAUGAAAUAUUUCCCCGAACUGAAAAUGAACUGUUAGAUGCUAAGAAUGAAGCUUUAUCUACUGCUUUCCAUGCUGAAUUAACUUCUGCAGUUUCCAAGCAAAUUUCUUCUAUGGAAUCAGCUACUGCAAGCCACUCAGAAGUGGAUAAAAAUCCCAUUGUAAUGUUUACUCCUCCUGAAGAACCUGAAUUAACGAUUUUGGAGAAGUCUGAAUAUUUUGCUGUAGGUGGUAUCUAUCACUUUGAUUUAUUUUACCUACCUUAUCCAACUGUGAUGGCAGGUUCUUGGAUAUUUUCUCACUGUGAAGAAAAAGUACUUAGACAUAUUCCUUAUCAAACCAGCAUUAUACCAAUUAGGCAUCCUAAACCUGACAUGUCCCCUGCCUUAGCUGCUGAAUUUGCAGAUUCCGAAAUUAAGCGAUUUGAUAAAGAAAUGUGUAGUGCUAUAUCUUUGACCUUGAAAGUUCCAGAUGAUGUAUUAUUUCUUGAACAGCCACUCCCUGCUUUUUGGGUUGAUCAUAAGAAAGGAUUUACAUCUAUAGGCUUUUUUGAAACAAAAUAUGAUGAAGAUACCGGCCAUAUAUCUUUUAAAACAAACCGUUUUGGUGUGAUAGCAUUAUUGCAGAGACGUUAUAAUAAUAUGCCAUAUCAAUCAUGGGAGCUGAUAUCUGGAAAUGAUGAAAAUUCAGCAUCACUUGCUAUCACAGGAAUGCAUGUUGCUCUUAAAAUUAAAAUCAAAAGUGGAAAAUGUUGCAUUGAGAACAUUGAACAAGAUGGAAAAUCAUUGUUUUCUGAUGUUUAUGACAUAUGGAGGAAUCCUAAUUUAUUAGUUAAG